AUGACUUACUAUUCAGAGCAUUUCUUUUGGCAGCAGAGAGUCAAUAAGGAACUAAAUGCGCAUAGAAGAGUAUUUGAUCACAGAGUUGGCUUAUCAGGGGUGUCAUCUCCUAAGAGUUCAAAUUUCAGAUCAUUUGCAGGAGAGGAGGAUUAAAGUGCUGCUCAAGAAUUCCCAUUAUCGAAGAAGUUAUGCCAGUCCAAACAAGUCAAAACUCAAUAUAUGCCUAGGAAUAAAUAGAUAUACACCUUUGGAGGCACUAUCAAUGUUAGAGAUAUUUUUGAAAGACCCACUUUUGAGAAUGAAGAUCUGGUUGCAAAUAAUGGUAAAUAAAGUAAGAUGGCCGAGCUGAUUGACAUAAAGAGCAUUAAAGCAGGUUCAUAGCGUAGCAGAAAGAUCAAUAGCAUGAUAUAGAGCAUAAAUGGUACAUCAUCUCAUAAGAUGCUUGAAGUUAACAGUUAGCCUAUUUAUUUUGGAGUGAAUGAUGACAGAAAUAAGCAAAGUAAGGUGAUGAAUGAUUUUAUGAUUUCCCGAGGUUCAAAUUACAACAAAUACUAGAAAAUUCACCAUCAUCACUACGCACACCUACUAAGUCCCAAGACUAAAGUGUUGCAACCAUUUAGUGAAUUAGAUGCUGCUGCUGAUACAGUAAACAAUCCUAAUUAAAAUGCCCCCUAAAUGAGGCCGAUGACUACCUAGAGAGCUUUCAACUUUAGCAAUACCAUGAGAAAUUCAAACACAUCAUCUAAAAAUCAGCUAUUAUCUCCAAAGGGAGAGAGAUAACAACCUGAGUUUGUAAAAAGGGUGCUUAGCUCUAGAUAGCAAAAAAUAAGAAAGUCAUUAAAUACAAUGCUUCAGCGAGAUUCAAAGUCAGACUUGAAAGAAGUUACAGCUAAUGGAGAAAUAAAGGCACUACGGUCACCAGUCAAUUAACAGAUUCCAGAGGAAGAAUACUCUCAAGAGAAGAUCAUCAAUAACUAUUUUGAAACUGAGAGAUAGAAUAUUAAAUCUCAGGGAUCUAAUUAAUAUUUAGUUGGACUUGGAGGUACUUUUGAUUAAAGAAUAGGAGGCAAUUAAAAUGCUGAUUUGGAAGAGUAUAUUUGGAAUGAACAGUCUAAUUAUGUCAAUAAUAAUAAGAUGAUUUAUAUCAAUGAUGAUGUUAUUUCAAGAGGUACUAGAGGAACUAAAAUCUCUUAACUUGAGAAAGAAUUAGAAAGAGAGAGAAGUAUGCGUUACCAAUUAGAACAAGAAGUAGAAAAAAUAAAGAAGAUUCAGCAGGAGACUUUAUCACAAGUUGCAUCAAGAAGAUGA